AUGAAAGAGGUUGGUGAUUUUUGAAUUUAAAUUUUGAAAAAAAAUUGUUUUUUCUAGAAUGUUUAUCAAUCCUGUACAAUUGAGGGCAACAAAAAUGGGGCGAAAAAAAUCAAGAAAAAAUGGAGUUUGAAAAAUGUGAUUGUGAAGCAUGUGCCGAUUUUGGAAUGGCUUCCGAAGUGAGUUUUUUUGGCGCGAAAAUUUGAAUUUUUUUUUUGAAACGUGACCUGGAAAAUUGAAAUUUUGAAAAAAAAUUUCAUUUAAAAAUUUUCGGCUGCCAGAAAAUGGUGAGUUAGAGCGCGGAAGCUUGCGGAGCGAGUGUAUCCCAAAAAAAACCCCCUAUUCUUCCAGCUACUCUUGGAAAUCCCAUCUACACGGUGAUUUGAUAGCCGGUCUCACCGUCGGAAUAAUGCACGUUCCGCAAGGCAUGGCAUACGCAAGUCUCGCCGGGGUUCCGCCCGUCUACGGAAUGUAUUCCUCGUUUUUCGCCAGCCUGAUCUACAUGUUUUUCGGCACCGCAAGGCAUAUUUCUAUCGGAGUUUUUGCAGGUGAGAUUUGAUGUAGGCAAAGUUGCCCUAACUUUCUAUAAAAAUUUGAAAUUCAAAUUUUACCCGCCAAAAAAUGUGUAGUUCUCGAGGACAAAGCCUGGAUUCCAAGAGAAGUACACGAAUUUUUUACAUAAUUUUUUUGAAAUGAAACAUUUUCCGCCAAAAAAUGUGUAGUUCUCGAGGAGAAUUCAUGGAAUCAGAGAGAAGUACACGGAUUUUUUACAUAAUUUUUUUUGAAAUGAAACAUUUUCCGCCAAAAAAUGUGUAGUUCUCGAGGAGAAUUCCUGGAUUCCGAGAGAAGUACAUGAAUUUUCGAAUAAUUUUGUUUUUAAUUUUGAAAUGAAAAUUUUCCCGCCAAAAAUCGUGUAGUUCUCGAGGAGAAUUCGUGGAUUCCGAGAGAAGUACACGGAAUUUUCGAAUAAUUUUUUUUGAACAUUUUAGGGUUUCCGCAAAAUUUUGAAUUCAAAUCUCACCCUCAAAAAAUUUGUAGUUCUCGAGGAGAAUUUCGUGGAUUCCGAGAGAAGUACACAAAUUUUGAAUAAUUUUUUUUUGAACUGAAAAUUUUCCCGUCAAAAAACGUGUAGUUCUCGAGGACAAAGACUGGAUUCCGAGAGAAGUACACAGAUUUUUUACAUGAUUUUGUAUUUUUGAAAUUUUCAAACAUUUUGAAAUGAACAUUUUCCGCUGAAAAAUUGUGUAGUUCUCGAGGAGAAUUCCUGGAUUCCGAGAGAAGUACACGAAUUUUCGAAUAAUUUUGUAUUUAAUUUUGAAAUGAAAAAUUUCCCGCUAAAAAAUGUGUAGUUCUCGAGGAGAAUUUAUGGAUUCCAAGAGUAGUACACGAAUUUUUGAAUAAUUUUUUUGAAAUUUUGAAAUUAAAAUGUUUCUCGCCAAAAACUUGGUAGUUCUCCAGGACAAAGACUGGAUUCCGAGAGAAGUACACAAAGCUUUAUGAGUAGUCCGAGAGAAGUACACGGAUUUCUAAAUGAAUUUUUUCCAGUUGCAUCAAUGAUGGUUGGUGCCGCAAGGCUACGCUUGGCUCCAGAUGCCGGCGCGGAUUUCUAUCCGCUUGGUGGCUACGUGGAACCGCUCAUCUUCACCAGCGCCCUGACAUUUCUCACGGGAACAAUUCAAAUUCUCAUGGGUAUUUUGAGACUGGGAUUUCUCACGACCUAUCUGUCGGAUCCUCUCAUUUCUGGUUUCACUACGGGCGCCGCAUUCCACGUCUUCACAUCGCAACUCAACAAAGUUUUUGGUGUGAAAUUGGCGAGACACGAGGGAAUUGGUAUGAUAGUGAAAAUGCUCCGCGACCUAUUUCUAUCGCUGAACGCGACAAAUUUCAUGGCUCUCGCGAUUUCGCUGGGUGGAAUUGUGUUUUUGGAUGUGGGAAAAACAUUUUUGAAUCCUUUGGUCAAAAAAGUGUCACCAAUUCCGCCACCUUUGGAACUGAUUUUGGUGAUUUUUGGAGUGGUGAUUUCAUCGAUUUUUGGACUCAAGGAUAAUUUUGGAGUUUCGGUGGUCAAUGAGAUUCCAAGAGGGUGAGUUUGGGGGAAAAUUAAAUGUUUUUUGGGAAAUAAAAUUCACUGUUUCAUAAAAAUUAUUAAAUUUUUUUCCUGUUUUUGAACAUUUAAUAAGAUUUUUCUCUCCAUUUCUACCUCAAUAUAAUUGAAAAAUAUCAAAAAAAAAAUUCACUGUUUCAAGAAAAAUGCAUAAUUUGUGAAGAAAUUUUUCAAUUUAGUUUCAUUCCUCUUUUUUAUGUGAUAAAUUCUUACUGUUUCAAAAAAAUUGUAUAAUUUUUCUCUGUUUUACGAGUUUGAUUACUUAUCACUUUGUUUCAGUUCAGGAAAAUCAAAAAAAUUUUGUUUUUCAAAAAUUCCUGUUUCAAACAAUUCAUAUGAUUUUCUUCAAUUUUCGAAAUUUUGGUUGAAAAAACAUUAAAAUUGGAAAAAUAUCAAGAAGUUCUGAACAAUCUGGUUUCAAUUCCGAAAUCCCAUGAACUUUUAUUUUCUAAAAGUUUACUGUUUCAAAAAAAAAUUAAAAUAUUUUAACUUUCCAAAAAAACUGAUGCGCUGAUGAAUAUAAUUUUCACUGUUUCAAAAAAAUCAUAUAAUUUUUCUCUGAUUUACGAAUUUGAUCCAUACUGGAAAUCUAUUUUGAACUCGCAAAAUCUACUGUAAUUCCAUUUCGGAAAAAUUUUAAAAGCCUAGCCUUCCAGGAAAAUUUCUGUUUCAGAUCCAAUACAAUUUUUUCAAAAUUUCACUGUUUCAAAAAAUAAUUACAAGUUUCUCAAUUUUCACAGAUUUUAUUUAUUCUCGAGAUAAUCAACUAUCGAAAUUAAUUUGAAUUAAUUUUUUUUCAAAAAUCUACUGUUUCAAGAAAAUCAUAUAUUUUUUUAAUACUUGCAAGUUAUAAUUUUGAAGCUAUAAAUUUCAGAAAAUUUCCAAGGCUCUGAAAACUAUGAAAAACAUUUUUUUAAAACCUGUUUUUGAAGUGAAAAACACAGACUUCUGAAUUCUCUAGCUCAAAAAAAUUUCCACGUGGAUUCAUAAAAAAAAACAUUUUUCAUAUAAUUUUUUAAAAGAAAAUAAAAUUUACUGUUUCGAGAAAAAUUCACAAUUUUUGAAGAAACUGACAAAAUUUGUUUUUGCAAAUACAAAUACUUUUUUGAAAUCUUGAAAAUCUAGUCACCCCUCCGAAUCUCCCACAUUUUCCAGCUUCCCACUUCCCUCUCUCCCACAUCUCAACUUCCUCCCGCAACUUCUUCCCGACGCAAUUCCAAUCGCCAUCGUCUGCUACAUGUUCGUCAUGUCGAUGGGCAAAUUAUUCGCCAAAAAACACAAGUACAAAACCGAUGCGACGCAAGAAUUAUAUGCUUGUGGACUCGCUGGAAUUGGCUCCUCAUUUUUCCCAGUUUACCCAGUUGGAGCAUCGCUUUCUCGAAGUUCAGUUUGUGAAAUGUCCGGAGCCAACACUCAAUUCUACACUGUUUUCUCCAGUUUUCUACUUCUCACUGUGAUUUUGUUCCUGGGACCAUUAUUGGAACCAUUGCCUAUGGUAAGUGAAAAAUGUUUUUUGAAUUUUGAAAAAAAAAUUCAUUUUUCAGUGUAUUCUAAGUGCGAUUGUGAUUGUGAGCUUGAAAAGUUUAUUUUUGCAAGUCAAAGAAUUGCCAAGACUUUGGAGAGUUUGUCGAUAUGAUUUUGUGAGUUUUUCAGGGAAUUUUGAAAUUUUUUAAUAUGAGCAAUGGGUAGAAAAAGCUCUGGAUAAUCCAGAUUUUUCAAAAAAAAAUUCUGACAGUUUUUGAGCCUAAAGCUUAACAUGAGCAAUUAAAAAAAUUGAAUUUGAGUUCCAAAAAAUUAAAGACAAACAUGAGCAAUGUUUGGGAAAAAUCAUGAAACUAAAAAAAUUUGAAAUUUUCUAGAGGGCUGAAAUAAUUAAUUUUCCAGAGAAUUUCAAAUUUUUCAUUAACAUGAGCAAUGGCUUGGAAAAAAUUUGACGAGUAAAAUUUUUCGAAAACAUUUUUUUCUUGGAAACGAAGGUUUUUUGAAAAAAAUUAAUAUGAGCAAUGCUCAGGAAAAGCUCUGAUUCUGAAAGUUUUCAGAUGUUUUUUUCGAAAUAUGAGCAAUAGCCUGAAGCUUAACAUGAGCAAAUAAUGAAUUUUUGAGUUCCAGAAAAUUAAAGACACAAUUUUAACAUGAGCAAUGUUUGGGAAAAGUCCUUAAAUUUAGAAAAAAAUCUGAAAUUUUCUGUGGGGUUGAAAAUUUUCCAGAGAAUUUCUAAAUGUUUCAUUAACAUGAGCAAUCAGAGAAAAUUUCUAUAGGGCUGAAAAUUUUCCAGAGAAAUUCGAAUUUUGUCAUUAACAUGAGCAAUGUCUAGGAAAAAAUUCUGAAAAGUAAAUUUUUUCGAAAACAUUUUUUCUUGGAAACAAAGUUUUUCAAAAAAAUAAUUUUACACUUCACAAUAUUUUAUGAAAAUCACAUCUCUAUGGACUAUAAUUAAUAUCAGUUGUCAAACCACAAGGUCCAUCUCUCGUAUAAUUAAAUUGAUGAAUAUUCGGCUGAAUCCACCCGCCAAAAGGUAUAUAAUUCGAAAAUCCACGUGUCGUCGAAUAUUGAUUCCACCAAAGUGCAAGUUGCCAUUGUCCCUCAUAAUCCAACCCAACAAUCGAUUCCCAAUUAUAAUAAUUGGUAAAAAUCCCAACAUUUCGAUGUCUUUUAUUCACUGCCGCAACAAGUUCUUCAAUAAAUUGCUGAUUUCGAAGUUUAUCAUCGGGCCAAUUGAGUCUCUCAAUAUCCAACCAAAUAUAUCCGAACGAUGCUCCGGCUUCAGCAACUUUGUCAAAAACUGUGCCAAUUUGAGUUUCUGCACUUGGACAACCGGAAAUAACACAUGGGAACAUGUACGCAUCAAUAUAGCGGAUUCCGCCGGCGUUUGCAUUUAUUAGAUUAUUUAUGCCGACUUGGUCUAUGUUUCCGAGAUUUGUGUAAACUCGAGGGAUCACGAAACUGAUUCCGUUUUGAUGAAGACAUUUGAAAGUGUCAACAUCGACGGCUUGAAUAAAAUCGAGACCGAUUCUAGAUUCGAUUAAUCGGGCCAGAAAUGCGAAUAGAAAAAUAGUGCUUUUCAUUUUUUGUUAUCUUUGAAAUGAAAUGGACGGUUUAGUAGACUGUGUUAUCAUUGAAAGGUUCAAGAUACAUAUUUUUGAAAAUUGUUGACAUGAAGUUUAACUUUCGAAGUUUUUUUCAAACUAGACUGUAGUUUUAUACAGAUUCAAAAAAUUAGGCACGUGGAUUUUUCGAAACAAAAAAAAACAAAAUAAUUUUUGAAUUCAUGCCAGAAAUUUACUGUUUCAAAAUUCGUUUAUAAUUUUUCUGGGAAUUUAAAAAACUAAUGACAAACGGUUCCGCAGAAUAAAAAUUUACUGUUUCAAAAAUUAUUGAUAAAAAAUAAUUGUUCCUACGAAAUUUGCUUUUUUCUUAGUUUUAGCGCAAAAAUGAUGCCAGGUGGAUUUUUCGGGGAAAAAACAAAAUAAUUUUUGAAUUCAGAAAUUUACUGUUUCAAAAUUUGUAUAUAAUUUUUUUGGGGGAGUUUCAAAAAUAAUAAUUUUUUCUUACAUCAUAUAAAUUUACUGUUUCAAAAGUUAUUAAUAAAAAAUAAUUGUUCCUACGAAAUUUGAUUUUUUCUUAGUUUUAUCGCAAAAAAUUAUGCCACGUGGAUUUUUCGGGAAAUUUUGUUUUGAAUUCAGAAAUUUACUGUUUCAAAAUUCGUUCAUAGUUUUUUUGGGGAUUUUUAAAAAUAAUGGUUUCUUCCAGAAUAGAAAUUAACUGUUUCAAAAAUUAUUGAUAAAAAAAUAAUAGUUCCUACGAAAUUUGAUUUUUUCUUACAAUUAGUUUUAGUGCUAAAAUUAUGCGACGUGGAUUUUUCGGGAACAUUUUUUGAAUUUUUAGAAAUUUACUGUUUCAAAAUUCGUAUAUAAUUUUUUUGGGGAAUUUCAAAAAUAAUGUUUUCUUCUUUUGUUAAAUCAUAUAAAUUUACGGUUUCAAAAAUUAUUAAUUUAAAAAUUACCUCAAACUGUUGAUGCCACUGAUUUUGAGCUUUUUCCAGUUUUAUCGCAAAAAUUAUACCACGUGAAUUUUUCGGAAAAAAUUUUUUUGAAUUCAUGUCAGAAAUUUACUGUUUCAAAAUUAGUAUAUAGUUUUUUGGGAAUUUAAAAAAUGAUGAAAAAUAGUUCUACAAGAGUAAAAAUUUACUGUUUCAAAAAUUAUUGAUAAAAAUAAUUGUUCCUCGAAAUUUGAUAUGUUUUUUUAAUUAUUGCAAAAAUUAUGCCAGGUGGAUUUUUCGGAACAAAAAAUAAGUUUUGAAUUCAUUUCAGAAAUUUACUGUUCACACCUCGGCCAAGUGGCUGGCCAGAGUACAAUUUUUGGAAAAAUCAGAAUUUCAGUUUAUAGAGGACAAAAAUUGAAAAACCACAAGUUUUAGAGGUCAAAAACUGAAAAAUUCACAAUUUUUGUACUGUAAAAAGUUAGCGUACAAUUUCUUAUUGUGGAAACCACGAUUUUGGCCGAGGUGUGUUACUGUUUCAAAAUUCGUUUAUAAUUUUUGGGGGAUUUCAAAAAUAAUUUUUCUUCUUUUGUCACAUCAUAUAAAAUUACUGUUUCAAAAAUUAUUGAUGAAAAAUAAUUGUUCCUACGAAAUUUGCUUUUUGUAGUUUUUAGCGCAAAAUUCGUAUAUAAUUUUUUUAGGGAAUUUCAAAAAUAAUUUUUUUUUCCUAGAAUCAAAAUUUACUGUUUCAAAAUUAUUGAUAAAAAAUAAUUGUUCCUACGAAAUUUGAUUUUUUUUAAUGCCAAAAUUAUGCCACGUGGAUUUUUCGAAAAAAAAAUAAUUUUUGAAGUAUUAGAAUAUUACUGUUUGAAAAUUUGUUUAUAAUUUUUUGGGGAAUUUUAAAAAUAAUAAGGAAUUGUUCCUCAAUAAUAAAAAUUUACUUUUUCAAAAUUAUCGAUAAAAAUAAAUUGUUCCUACGAAAUUUGAUUUUUUUAGUUUUACAAUUAGCGCAAAAAUUAUGCCACGUGGAUUUUUCGAAAACAAUUUUUUGAAUUUUUAGAAAUUUACUGUUUCAAAAUUCGUAUAAAAUUUUUUUGAGAAUUUCAAAAAUAAUAAUUUUUUAUCUACAUAAAAAAAAUUUACUGUUUCAAAAAUUAUUGAUAAAAAAUGAUUGUUCCUACGAAAUUUUAUUUUAUUUCGUAGUUUUAUUGUUAGCGCAAAAAAUUAUGCCACGUGGAUUUUUCGGAAAUUUUUUUUGAAUUCAUGUCUGAAAUUUACUGUUUCAAAAUUCGUAUAUAAUUUUUUUGGGGGAAUUUAAAAAUAAUGUUUAUUUCAUAGAAUAAAAAUUAACUGUUUCAAAAAUUAUUGAUAAAAAAUAAUUUUUCCUACGAAAUUUGAUUUGUUUGUAGUUUUACAAUUAGCACAAAAAUUAUGCCACGUGGAUUUUUCGGAAAAUAUUUUUUGAAUUUUUAGAAAUUUACUGUUUCAAAAUUAGUUUAUAAUUAUUUGGGGAAUUUUAAAAAUAAUACUCUUUUUCUUCUUUUGUUACACCAUAUAAAAUUACUGUUUCAAAAUUUAUUGAUAAAAAUAAUUAUGCCUUCGAAAUUUGAUUUUUUCUUAGUUUUAGCGCAAAAAUUAUGCCACGUGGAUUUUUCGGAACAAAAUUGAUUUUUUACUGUUUCAAAACGCAUACAUAACUUUUUUUGGGAAUUUCAAAAAUAAUACUGCAAAGAUGGGUGGAUUUCCUAGAAUAAUAAUUCACUGUUUCAAAAAUUAUUAAUAAAAAAUAAAUUUGACCCUGAAUUGUUGAUUUUACAGAGUCUCGUUUUUGAAGUUACAAUUAGCGUAAAAAAUUAUACCACGUGGAUUGUUCGGGAAAAAUUCAAAAUUUCCAUAAAAAAUCAAUAAAUUUCACGUCACGUGAAAUUCAGCUCACCUUAUUUUUUUCAAUUCAAAAAAACAAUUUCAGACAAUUUGGCUGGUCGCGUGUCUUUCAACAAUUCUCACAGAUGUUACAACUGGUCUUAUAAUCUCACUGGUUUUCUCACUUUUCACACUGGUUUUGAGGCAGCAAUGGUGAGUUAGCCUAACUUAACUUUCCAUAUUAAAAAAUCCGUGUACUUCUCUCGGAAUCCAUGAAUUCUCCUCGAGAACUACACACAAAUCCCAGCUCCUUCCAGGCCCACCUUCACUUCCUCCACCGAAAUCCAUCUCGACGAAACUCCCCGCCAACACAUUCCGGAAAACGUGGAAAUUCUGAAAUUCAGCGCUUCGCUGAAUUUCGCCAAUGUCACCAUUUUCACGGAUAAAAUGAGCGAUGCGAUAGCGCGCAGCUUUCCGGAAAUGCACGCGGAAAGCGAGGCGGAAAAUAUUCUUGAGAAAAGAAUUUUGAUAGUCGAUUGUUCUGCGAUCAGUUAUGUGGAUUCAAUGGGAAUCGAUGCGAUUAAGGAUGUGAGUUUAUUUUUUCCGCAAGCUUCCGCGCGGUAGUUCCGCAACCUACGAAAUUGCAGACCUACGUGGAUGCCAGAAAAUCGCAAGUCUCCGUCUUGUUUUCCGGACUGCCGGAAGAAGUUCUCUCAAUUCUUCGGCUCGAUGAGAUUUUCAACGAAAAAGUUCCGCAAGACAUAUUUUUCCCCACUAUUGAUAGAUGUGUGCUAGCGAAUACUGUGUAAUUAAUUAAUUAAUUAAUUAAUUUGUGAUAAUUAAAAUAGCCUGUGAUACUUAAACAUAAUCAAAAAUUUUGUUUUUUUGUUCGAACUUCUCAAGAAUCAUAGACCAAAUGCCUUGAAGCAGCUGAAAAAAUCAGAUUUUUUAUUUCUGAUUGUCUUAAAUUGUUUUCCCAGAAAAAAUAUGGAUUUAGACUUCUACCGCAAAAAUAAUUAUACCAAGUGUCCUCCAAGAUUUCUAGAAUCAUUCGAAAAUCCAACCUACAUUCGCACGGUGUAUUUUACAACUGCAUUUCUAUCCAUAAUUCUGUCACUCUACACAUUUUACCUGAUCCAAACUGUCAAGGAAAAGCGGAUGAAAUCGGUGAAAAAUGUGCUGUUUCAAUUGCAAGCUUGGGCUUUUGUCACAAAUAUCAUCUCGAACAUCCUCGUCACUCCUUAUAUGUUUAUUCCUAGCAUGGCUGUGGGGAGCUUGGGGCUUCUUGAAUAUCUUGGCGUCAAUUUCAAGGUUCAAGCCUAUGUUGGUCAGACGUGUUAUGAUUAUUUGGCGGUGGCUGUUUUGACAGUUUUUGAAGAUCGACAUAAUUCCAUCUCCACCAUCUCGUAUAGAUUCAAACUUCAGUCGAAGAAAUCGAAAUUUCUAUUUUAUUUUUUGAAUUAUUUUUAUGCGUCGAUUGUAUUUUUGCCCUAUGUUUUUGAGAAAGAUGAUACAGAUAAUAGGAAAAUGGAAAUCUUGAAAAAUAUUAUACCGUGUCCUAAUGAGAUAUUUUUCUCAAGUGUUACUCAUAUUAUGAGCGCGGCGAUUGAGAGAACGGCGGUUUUGACGUUUUCAGCGGGAUUUGUGAUUGCGUUACAGGUUGGUUUUUGGGAAAUUUAUCUUCAGGAGUGAUUUUCUGAGCCCUGAGACCACGCGAAAAUCAGAUCUGGGAGAAUUUUUGAACUCCAGGAACGAUUUUCUGAGCUUCGGAACCUGCUGGAACCUCAUUUCGAGCCCUGGCACCACGAAAAUUAGAUCUGGGAGCAUUUUUGAACUCCGGGAAUGAUUUUCUGAGCUCCGGAACCUGCUGGAACCGCAUUUUCAGCCCCGGGACCACAAAAAUCAGAUCUGGGAGCAUUUUUGAACUCCAGAAACGAUUUUCUGAGCUCCGGAACAUGCUGAAACCUCAUUUUGAGCCCUGCGACCACGAAAAUCAGAUCUGAGAGCAUUUUUGAACUUCAGAAACGAUUUUCUGAGCUCCGGAACAUGCUGAAGCCUCAUUUUGAGCCCCGGGACCACGAAAAUUAGAUCUGGGAGCAUUUUUGAACUCCGGGAAUGAAUUUCUGAGCAUAGCAACCUGCUGAAACCUCAUUUUGAGCUCUGGGACCACGAAAAUCAGAUCUGGGAGCAAUUUUCAGCCCUGGAAGCUGAAAAUUACAUUUCGGGACCAUUUUUGAGUGUUCUGAAGCUUCAAAAAUGCCACGUGGCAUCAUUGGAGCUUCGGCUCAAAAUUUUCAAAAACCGAAAAAUGAAAAAAAAAAUUUUUGACAAUUUUUUAGUGAAAAAAAAAAUCCGAAAAUUUUCAAAUUUGAAACUUGGGAGCUAUAUUAUCAGUAGAGCGCACUUUCCUCAAUUCAAAUUUUCCAGGGUUCAUUCUUCACAUUUCAUAGCAUCUAUCAUCUAAUCUUCGCCAUUGACACCAAAUUAUCAGCCGCAACUCGAAAACUUCAAAAAAUGUUCUUGCUUAGCAUGUUCCUCCAAGUCAUGAUCCCAUUUAUUGUAGUUGCUCUACCACUUUUGGGAUGUGGCUUUGCGAUUUUGAUCAAUUUCAACAGUCAAUUCUUGUCUUGCCAUAGUUUUUUAGCAAUUGGAAUGUAUUCAAUGGUCGCCUCUUUAGCUUUGAUUUUUUCCCAUCGGAUUUAUAGAGACACUUUUUUGGACUGUUUUUGUUUUUGUGUGAGGAAAAAUGACCUGAAAUUUGUUGAUAGAAGUUUUGUUUUAUGAAAAAAUAAAAAAAUUUCACAAAAAAUUUGAUUCGGAAAGCUUGAAAUCUAGCAAUUUUCAUGAAGCCAGAUCCCAUUUGUUUUAAAAAAAUUCACUGUUUCAAAAAUUUAUGAUUUUUUUUUGUUGAGAAUAUCGAAAAUUGAUUAGUUUGAUUCUAAUGGUCGAAAUUGUGUGCUGAAAAUCAAGAGAACAGUAAUUUUCAGCAUUUUUCAAAGUCUUCCAAAUUUUCAGCACAACAGAUCAACCGAAAUACCAUUUUUGAAAUAG